AUGUCGCUUGAACAAAGAGAUCAUCUAUUUCUGGCAAAUCAACUAGAUUACUUUUAUUAUUUGAAUUUUCCGAAUUCUUUGUGGUUAUCUCAACUGGCAGAUGAAUCUUUAAUACAUGAGGAUGCUUCUCAAGGAAACGAACGCACUUACGAACCUUUUUCAGUUUCGAUGCCGUCGGGUGCGGGUGUCGUCGUUCGUCAUGGAGAAUACAUUAUUUUAUGGUCUUUCUUCCUCCUUGAGAACCUCGGGGUUAGUCUUUGUCCUGGUGAGUUCUGCGUCUCACCGAAAAAUAAGAUGGAAGGGUGA